AUGUCAAUGAAGGGUGACAUAAGAGUGAACGUAAAAAUACCAAAAGAAGCUGAGCUUGGGAAAUCUACAAGCUUAGAAUGCACUUGGAAACUUUUAAGCAAUAAUUCCCUUUACUCUGUGAAAUGGUACAAAGACGAGUACGAGUUCUUCAGCUACAAUCCUGAAAAUGAGCCCAAUGAUCGAAUCAAGAUUCACCCACAGAAUGGAGUGACUAUCGAUGUGAAAGCAAGCAAUAAAAAUUUCAUUCUACUUACUCACUUGACAUUGAACAGCUCUGGACAGUACAAAUGUGAAGUUUCAACUGGAGCACCAUACUUUGCCACGAACUUUAUCAAAAGGAAUCUUACUAUCAUAUCAUUACCAAGUCAAGAUCCUGAAAUCAUGGGCCUGGCAUCCUAUUACGCCAUAGGCGAUAACUUAAUUGCCAAUUGCACGUCCCGGCCGUCGAUGCCAAGGGCAAAACUCCAGUGGACCGUAAACAACCGGACGAUACCAGUAGAAAACGUCCUGCAGUACCCGUCCAUAAUGCCGAUGAAGUUCCAGGAGGCACCAAAUUCAAUAGGGUUACACCUCAAGCUCAACGACCGUCAUUUAGCAGGUAGCGGAGGUCUACUUCGAGUCCGCUGCUUUGCUCCUGUUGGUUCACACCCAUUUCAAGCUGAGCGCCGCAUCCCUUUAAUCAAUGCGAAGAAUCAACACUUCAGUUCUCGAGGCCUGAACAAUCUUGCUGCGACCGCCAAUAUUGUCAUUUCUAAUUCCCUAAUUCUUGUAAUUGGCCUCGUCCUCGUAACAUGA